UUAAAUCUCCCAAUACAGCUGACAAAAUGUAUAAAACAAUGUAUUGAAACACUUUAUUUUUUACCAAACAAUAGCUAUGUCAUGCCUCAAAAUAGGAUAGUUUUGAAAAGAAAGUUACAUUUGUGUCCAAUGUCUUGCAGACUAGCUGUAAACCUCUCUCUCUCUGUUAUUUGUGUUUCGGUUUUCAUAGUGGAGUCCUUUGCAGAGAGCCCUUCCUUGCUGGCUGAAAGCGGUCCUCUGCUGCCAUCAAGAGAUUAGAACAGAAAUAUUGCCAUCAGGGUUGCAACCGCCUUCUUAUUUUCUCCAGUAAACAAAAGAACAGUAUUUUAUUUUUUUUGUUCAGGGCUGUUUGAUUAUUAACACAACACUAGGCACACUUUUUCAGAUCAAAAAUAAUGAUCGUAAGGCACAUAAGUAUGCAUCUGGGAUGUUCCUGGUCAAUAAAUUAUGGAAGAAUUAGACAUUUUUUGGCAACAGGUAAAAUGUCUGUAAUUACUGGUAGUGCUUCAUUAGCUACUGCAAUAAUAAAUAGUUUCAAGCGCUUGCAUACUUUUACAAUAAUGUGAAGACCAAUUGCCAGGACAUCAAGUUUGCAUUGAGCAGACAUCAAAAGAAAAACACAAAUAAAAUCUGUCUAUAUGACUUCUUAAAGAUAUGAGCCAUCACUUUUCUUUUUGAGUCUCUCCAAAAGCAGAAAAUUAAUCUGACAUUUAACAGUGGUGUUUCUUUUGUUGUUGUGUUUUACAGUUCUUUUUCCUGGUUCAGCCAACCCUAUAUACCAGGCCGCUGACAUUGCCACCAACAGUUUUUUCUACUGCAGCCUUAUCCUGUUUCUCAAGUGUCCUUUCUAUUGACUGUGUGUGUGCGUGUGUGCGUGUGCACGCAAAUGUGUCUUCCUCUCUCUUCAUCCCCCAAAAUAUAAUUUUCAGAUUCCAUAUAGAUCACUAUCUUCAUAAAGCAGAGUUAUUUUAAAUUGUUCAGAUAUAGUUUUUCGUGGCUUAGUAACAGGUCUAUAGUUCUAUAGUUAGUUUCUGCUGUUGUGGGUUAAUCAUGGGUAAGAAUUGCAUUAUAAUCUGGUUACUAAGUAAGUAUUUUUUGCAGUGGAAAUAUUAAAUACAGACCACCAACAAAUUUGCUAUUUUUAUGCUGGUAGUAAGAGAUGUUGAAAUGUGCCCUACUGUCUCCACCUAAAUCAACUUUGUUUUUUGUAUCUCAAUGUUUUUGUGUGCUUUAUAGCGAAGCAGCCGGCGUGAGUCGAUUGUUCAUAAAACAUCUAAUGAAAGUUGAGAGCACAUCCCGCGGGACAACUGGCUGUGCUUGCAUACGUUUGGUUCAUGACUUAAAAUUCAAGUACAGGAGUGAUUCCUGAUGAAUCUAAAGCUAUGUCGCUGCUCGCUCCAGCCAAUGCUGUGGCAGGGAUGAUGCCUGGAGGAGGACUUCUCCCCACACCCAAUCCUUUAGCAACAAUGGGAGCGUCAGCAUUUGGUCUACCAACCAUUGAACAAAUGGCUGCAAUGGGAUUCCAAGGUCCUAAUAUGAACCCUCAGGCUCUGUCUGCAGAUUUCCUCAAGCUUAUGCAGUCAAUUGACCCUAAAUUGAAUCCUUUAGCAGGACUUGGCUUAACUCCAGGCUUAAAGACAGAUGCCACCAGCAAGGAGAUUGAAGAAGCAAUGAAGAGAGUACGAGAGGCUCAGUCUUUGAUAUCGGCUGCCAUUGAACCAGGAAGCAAAAAAGAUGACAAACGUAAGCAUUCCCGCUCCAGUUCACGAUCACGCCGCAGGAGGUCCAGGUCUCGUUCCAGGCACAGGCGGUCAAAGAGUCGGUCACGACGCAGGUCUCAUUCCAGGAGCAGAAGGAGGUCCAAGAGUCCAAGGCGGAGGAGGUCCCACUCACGAGACAGAGGUCGCCGCAGUCGCUCCAGGGACAGAAGGAAAGAGGAGAAGUCUAAAAAGCGAUCUAAGACACCACCUAAAAGCUACAGCAGUGCUAGAAGAUCCCGAAGUAUCAGUCGGAAGCACAGACGAAGCCGCAGUGCAUCUCGCUCACCUCGGAAAAAGCCUUCCAGAUCGCCAUCCCCCAGACGCCAUAAAAAAGAAAAGAAGAAAGACAAGGAGCGUGAAAAAGAGCGUGACAGAAGGGAGGACAGAGACCGAAGCAGAGACGAGAGAGAGAGGGAGCGCUCAAACAGCAAGAAGAAGAAAAGUAAAGACAAGGAGAGAGAUCGAGAGCGCAAAUCUGACAGUGAGAAGGGAGACGUAAAGGUGACGCGGGACUAUGAUGAAGAAGAACAAGGUUACGACAGUGAAAAAGAAGCGGAAGAGGAUGACGAGGAGAGAAAAAGUGAUUCAGACUCAAACUCCUCUCCCAAAGGGAACGCCCACAAAACUGAAGCCUCUAAAAAGUCAAAGUUAAAUGGUGACGAUCACCAGCAGGAGGAUAUGGAGAUGAGUGACUGACUGAAUUACCACUGUCCAACUACUGCUUUGAUAUUUUUAAUAACCUCACAAAAGUAAUGUUUUAAAUUGUAAAACUGGGUGUCUUGGAGAAUAGGGAUGAAAGUUAAAACUGGGUUUUAAAUAGUUUUGUUUUUUUUAAAUAAAGCAGUUGGUAUGUGUUGCUUUUUGUCCAACAUCCAGAACACACUAUCAGUAAUGGUGUCAAGAUCGUGUCACGUUUGGGCACUGUACGCUCUCUUGCUGUUUACUGAACAAAUUUGCUUUACUGUAAUGCACUGACUUGUGCUGGAGCUCCUUUGUAUGUACAAGAAUUUGUAUUGUCCAUGUAAGCUUGUUGAAAUGCUGCAAUGAAAUGUGUUCUAGGUUUUUGUUUUUUUAUAAUGAGAAGAAUAAAAGUGAUUAUGUAA